GUCACCCUCCCUCUCAGAGAGAAUUCCUCUGUACCUGUCUGAACAGGGAGAGUCGGAGCGCUGCAGAGGAAAGAAAGAAAAAGAAAAGAAACGGAAUCAAGAGAAGGAGAGUAGGAGGAACAUAAGGCGCACAUUUGAAGAGCACAAACCGGGUAGAGGUGUGUUUGAGACAUUUCCAGAAAGGACACAGGGCGAAGGUUUAUCGAGAUCUCAAGGCUCCAAGUUGUGCUGUUUUUCUGAUCCCUGCUGGACUGUUUUACAACUUUCUGAGACCAGUGGCUAUUUUUGGUCUGUGAGUGUUGGAGCGGUUUGGGAUGGAUGCCAUCAUGCUGCAAGAAAAAUUGGUGGAACGGCUGCUGUGCCCACGAGUGAGAACCGCCAGGCAGAAGGAGAAACAGUAUGUGGGUUUUGCCACUCUGCCAAACCAGGUCCACAGGAAGUCUGUGAAGAAAGGCUUCGAUUUCACACUGAUGGUGGCAGGCGAGUCGGGGAUGGGUAAAUCCACUCUGGUUAACAGCCUGUUCCUCACCGACCUCUACAAAGACAGGAAGUUACUGAAUGCUGAAGAGCGGAUAAACCAGACUGUGGAGAUCAUCAAACACACUGUGGACAUCGAGGAGAAAGGAGUCAAGCUCAAGCUGACCAUCGUCGACACGCCGGGGUUCGGAGACGCCGUCAACAACAACGAGUGCUGGAAGCCAAUCACUGACUACAUAGAUCAGCAGUUUGAGCAAUACUUCAGGGAUGAGAGCGGACUGAACAGAAAGAACAUCCAGGACAACAGAGUCCACUGCUGCCUCUACUUCAUCCCUCCAUUUGGGCACGGACUGCGUCCGGUCGAUGUCGAGUUCAUGAAGGCUCUACAUGAAAAAGUGAACAUAAUCCCACUCAUCGCGAAAGCCGACUGCCUCACGCCCAACGAGAUAAAGAAGCUCAAAGACAGAAUACGAGAGGAAAUAGACAAGUUUGGGAUUAAGGUGUACCAGUUCCCUGAAUGCGACUCUGAUGAGGAUGAAGAGUUUAAACAGCUUGACAAAGAGCUGAAGGAGUGCACCCCCUUCGCUGUGAUCGGCAGUAACACAGUGGUGGAGGCGCGGGGGCAGAGAGUGAGAGGGAGGCUGUACCCAUGGGGGAUCGUUGAAGUGGAAAACCAGUCGCACUGUGACUUUGUAAAACUGAGGAACAUGCUGAUUCGCUCACACAUGCACGACCUUAAAGACGUGACCUGCGACGUGCACUACGAAAACUACAGAGCGCAGUGCAUACAGGAGAUGACCAGUAAACUGGCUCAGGACAACCGAAUGGAGAGUCCCAUCCCCAUCCUGCCACUGUCCACACCGGAUGUAGAGACUGAGAAACUUAUCAAGCUAAAAGAUGAGGAGCUGAAGAGGAUGCAGGAAAUGCUGAAUAAGAUGCAGCAGCAGAUGCACGACAAAGAGCAGUGAUGUCAGUCUGUGCUGCAGCGCCACCUGCUGUUUCUCCCCUGAACCACAGUGAGACCUGCAGACUUUGAACAUGGAAAUCUCGUGUUAUUGGCAGCUCCGGCUGUACGUUUAUCCUCAGUUUGGUGCUUUGUAUAGUUUGUCUGCCUGGACGGUUGUUUGUCAGAGGGCGUUUUUUGUCUCUGAAACUCUCCGUUUGUCCACCUUGAGCCUCUUGCUGUGGUUUAACAGUCUUAACAUACAGUAUAUAAUAUAAUUGCGUAAUUUAAAUUACUACUCUCUGUAUCUAAUUUAUAAAUGCAAUGCUAAACUUUUUGGAUAUUUUGUCAGGGUAUGAUGUUUUGUAAAGAAAUGUAGGUUGUUGGUGAUGUUAACAUUUGAUGGAUAUUGUUUUUACUGUGUGUGUGUGUGUGUGUGUGUGUGUGUGUGUGUGUGUGUGUGUGUGUGUGUGUGUGUGUGUGUGU